AUGAAUGACUUCAACAAGGAGUUUCAACAGCGCUUUUCUAAUAGGACGCUCAAAACUCCUAUGAAGAAGUACGUAGGGUCCUACGAGAAGGGGCGUACUCUGUGGACCGUUUUUGAAAUGUCAUAUGAUGGUCUCAUGCAGAGAAAUCCUGACGCGGUAAAGCUUCUUCACCUUGCGAUAUUUCUCAGUCCGGGGUCCAUUCCUUCUGUUUUUGGAAACAGGCACGAUCUAUCGCGGCUAUCUUCUGACUACGAUUUUGAGCUGCCAGUCUGUGGAUUAGGUCUAGCUGAGACGCAGUCGUUUGGACUUCUCUGCUGGUUGAAUGAAUUACGCCGAGAUGUCGAAAAAUUCGGAGCGGCGGUGAAUGAGCUCGAAUCAUCUGGAUUUGUCAAGCUUUGUCGCAAUCUAAGCGAUACUUCUAUCGAAAGUCUCGCGGUGCACGCCUUGAUUCGAGCUUUUGUUUGUUCAAAGGCACCAGAGGAAGGAAUUCACGAUGGCUUAAUGACGGCCUUUCUGCUUGGUGGGAAAAUACUUCCUUAUGGAACGAAGAGUUUCGAGUUGACAAGGCUAUGGAAGCAUACUGGUGAACUCAAUCGACUCCUUGUGGCGCUUUUAUCAUCAGUCCCCACAUUGCUUUUUCAUGACCCAAGUGGUAGAUACUUUGCGUUGGCUGGAGACGUGGCGCCUGUAUAUGCUUACACUUGCCGUUUUCUCGGUGAUUUGGAUCGAUCCAGCCGUUUUUGGGAUAUUGCAAUCAAGUACAGACUCAUCACUGAGCCGAAUUGGCCGGAUACCGAGUUACACAUGAAUGAAAUCUUUGAAGCGGCAAACAUUGAUGUGAAAGUCGGAGAGUUUAAGAAAGGGAUAGAGCGAUAUGAGUUGUUUCUUGCUCAUUGCGAUCAUAUCUUUCCUGGAAAUAACAAAAAUAACGACAGGGCCGUCCAAGCCGCCGCCGCACUUCGUGAGGCUAGAGAGAUUUCUCGAAAGCAUGAAGAAGAUUUUGACCGAGCCGUCGUGGCACAGAGAGUCCCGAAGCGAGCACCCAUAAAUCUGACACCAGGCGAGGCAACAUCGUCUUUUCACAAAGCCACAAAAGGUGGAGAUUUGUGGGGAGGAAGAGCUUCUUCUCUGGACCUUCAGGAUCAUACCAAACGCAGUGGUUUUCUCCGAAUACCUCCCAGUACAAGAGAUCGUAUAUUUCAGCAACUGCCAGAGAGGGAAGUACCAGGACCGUCAGAAGAUAAGGCAGAAUAUGAGGAUCUGUUGUCACCGUAUGCUGGGGUUCUGUUUUCACUGUAUGAUUUGAAAAGAGUGUCCGAAGAGAUGGAAAAAGAGCCCGAAGAGAUAAACGACGACUUAAGAUGGCGGAGAGAGACUACAAGGAAAAUGGGCAAUACUUGGAAGCGUUUGAUGAAGCGGUCGACGAGGCCGUCAAAGAAAGGGAAGGAUAGAAUGAUGAAUGAAGAAUGA